AAGCAUCCGGGUCCCGUAUAAAUAGCCAAGGCGAGGUCAGCUUGUAUCGUCUUUACUCAGAUCCGCUGGACGCUCUGAUUCCAAUAUUCAAAAUGAAACUGAUCACUGUGGCUGUUUUACUGGCUGUUUUCUGCUAUGGAGUCGAGAGUUUCAGGCUGCAGAAGCGCGAUGCAGAGCCCACAGACCCGCCCUCCGCCUGGGGUAACGUCGUGACCGACACGUUGUGGGAUUACUGGGGCAAGGGGACCGCGCUCGCCAGCGGCUGGAUAGAGGACGUCAAGUCAUGGAAGGUGGACGAGAAAGUCAUAAACUUGUACACAGAAAGUGCGGCAGCGAUCGAUACGUACACAGGGAUCCUUAAAGACCAGAUCUAUCAUUCCUGGAACCAGCAAUAAAACCCGCUAAUACUCAGCGCUCACCCCCUCCGGGCUGAACCAACAUCUCCAUAUCCCACAAGACCAGAUCUAUCAUUCCUGAACCAGCAAUAAAACCCGCUAAUACUCAGCGCUCAUCCCCUCCGGGCUGAACCAACAUCAUCAUAUCCCACAAGACCAGAUCUAUCAUUCCUGAACCAGCAAUAAAACCCGCUAAUACUCAGCGCUCACUCCCGGGGCUGAACCAACAUCUCCAUAUCCCACAAGACCAGAUCUAUCAUUCCUGAACCAGCAAUAAAACCCGCUAAUACUCAGCGCUCAUCCCCUCCGGGCUGAACCAACAUCAUCAUAUCCCACAAGACCAGAUCUAUCAUUCCUGAACCAGAAAUAAAACUCGCUAAUACUCAGCGCUCACCCCCUCCGGGCUGAACCAACAUCAUCAUAUCCCACAAGACCAGAUCUAUCAUUCCUGAACCAGAAAUAAAACUCGCUAAUACUCAGCGCUCACCCCCUCCGGGCUGAACCAACAUCAUCAUAUCCCACAAGACCAGAUCUAUCAUUCCUGAACCAGAAAUAAGACCCGCUAAUACUCAGCGCUCACCCCCCGGGGCUGAACCAACAUCAUGAUAUCCCACAAGACCAGAUCUAUCAUUCCUGAACCAGAAAUAAAACUCGCUAAUACUCAGCGCUCACCCCCUCCGGGCUGAACCAACAUCAUCAUAUCCCACAAGACCAGAUCUAUCAUUCCUGAACCAGAAAUAAAACUCGCUAAUACUCAGCGCUCACCCCCUCCGGGCUGAACCAACAUCUCCAUAUCCCACAAGACUGUCAUUUAACUCCUGUCUCUAUUGAAUCACAAGCCUGUCGAUUUUACAAAACAUCUGGAAUCUAACUGAAGCCUUCAAAGUGCUUUGCAAAUGAUAGAAGUAGUAACACAAGUACUUAAACAUUCUCGAGUUGUUUCACUCUACAUCUUGUGCGUUAUGUGUUUCCCUCGUCACAACACAGGAGUCCUUUACUGUUUCAAGAAUAAACGCAUCAUUUUUUUUAAGAACGUUUUUUUUUUCAAUGAGACUGUACCACAAACAAUGCAUUGAGUGUAAAUUCUUCUUGAAAUAAAAUGUUUACUUUGUAAAAAAAACAAAA